AUGUCGCUACCAAGCGUCACCGGGUCUCCUCAAUCCAAGAAAAUCAACAUUCUUCUUGUGAACCCAAACUCCUCUGAGUACAUGACCAAAGACUGCCUGCGUUCUAUUGCACUCAGUCUGCCUGGUGAUGUUACCGUUCACGGUUUCACCGCCCCUGAUCAGGGUCCCACCGCUAUCGAAAAUCAAGUCGACGCAGUACUCUCCACUGCAGUCUGCAUCAAAGCGAUAAAGCCCAUUGCAAAGCAGUACGACGCAUUUCUCGUUGCUUGUUUCCGAGACCAUCCCCUUAUCCAAGUCCUUAAGGAGGAAUUCUCCCAGCCCGUGAUUGGAAUUAUGGAAGCAGGAAUGUAUGCUGCGCGCAUGCUUGGAGCGCGAAUGGGCAUCAUUUGUACUUCUGAUCGCUCUGCUCUUACCCAUGCGCGUACAAUCUCUGCUUAUGGUUUCUCUGAUUAUUUUGCCGGAUGUGAAUCGGCCAAGCUGGGAGUGCUGGAAUUGGACACACUGCCUCGAAGAGAUGUUCAUGCUCUUCUCGCUUGCAAGAUUGACAACCUCGUUCGCAUCAACAAAGCUGACUGCAUUCUACUCGGAUGUGCAGGAAUGACAGACAUGCGAACUGAGUGUGAGGGCAUCGUGACUGGAACCGGUGUACGAGUUUUGGAUGGAGUGGGCCUGGGUGUUCAGUUUCUUAUUGGCCUUGUGCGGGAAAAGCUCUCGACUGCCAAAAGUGGAGUGUACAAGGAGGCUUUCGAAGACCGGGCACGACGUGAGCAGCACUGGCUGUGA